AUGUCGAUGCUAUCCCUUGCCUCUAAUCGUCGGAAAGUAAGCAACCUUCCUCGGAGCCCACUUCCUCAUCUACCACAGGAUCUCAUAUUCUCCGACAUUCUGACAAGGUUGCCGGCGAAACCUCUGCUGCGUUUCCAAUGCGUUUCAAAGGCGUGGCUUGCUGUGAUCUCAUCGCCCGAAUUCGUCAAAUCCCACCUGGAUUUCCACAAGAAUGACGAGGAGGAUAAAGUAGCCACGUUUGCUGCCACCGAUGACGGGCUCCACUUGUCCCUCUUUUCCAUCCUGGCCGAGGAGGACCAAUGCCCUACAAACUGCUCAUCACUUAAGGUCCCCGAAGUGGCCAUCAGGUAUCUGGGAACCCACAACGGACUCCUGUGUUUCCGAGGAAUGGACCAGAAAGUCGUGGUGUGCAACCCUUGCACGAGGAAAAUUAAGAAAAUCGACGACGCGCCUGGCUGGCCGUCUGUCGGGAUGUAUGGGUUUGGAUACGACCAACAAAACUGUGACUAUAAGGUUGUGUACGCUUGUCGUACCCAGACCUUCAACGACUAUGAUGUUUUGGUGUACAGUUUCAGGUCGGGUUCCUGGGAAAACAUCCCAAAUGGACUUAGGGCCGGCAUUGUUUACCCCAACAUCGGCGUCCACAUCAAUGGGACGCUAAACUGGUCAAGCAGCACAAUGGUGGCUCGUGACAAUUGGGAAUCCAAAAUUGUCUCUUUCAAUCUGACAACAAAUUCCGCCGUCAUUCUGUCCGGGCCGAAGCCCGAAAGGAGCGGAAACAUUUCCCUAUGUGAAUCGAGGGGGUUUCUCCUGGCGUCUUGGUUUCAGAGAGACAAGGUGAGUGUUUGGAAGAUGAGAGAAUUUGGGGUGGAAAAUUCAUGGACAAAACUGGCUUGUAUCCAACAGUUAUUACCUAAGCCGCCGCGUAAGACGUCGACGCUUACUCCCAUUGUUGUGGUCAUAUAUAACCGCGUUUCUCUCAUGUAUGUAAUGAACAACACAAAUCUCGUCAUGAAAGUGGGGGAGCACUUGAGGGUUUACACGCCUGAAGACGGUAAAAGCAAAUGGAAAAUUGAAGAGUGCCGCCUAGGCAACAGGGGUUUUAAGGCGAUUCUCUUUCGGGAGACGCUGGCGCCGCCGCCGUGUCUUUCCGAUGAAGAACAACAGUAG